ACUUACUUUAGUUUCAAAUAUUGUGAUCAUUUUUUUUUUUCAAAAAAGAAAAGGAGAAUUAAGAGACGAGAAAGAUAGCUGGAGAGUCCAAUACGGACGGUCAUACAGAUCGGGAGAUCCAAAUCCAAAGCAGAUAAGCAGAAAAGAUCGUUUCGAACGGAAAUCAGUUGAGACGAGAAUGGGAGAAUCAACGGCGGAGUUAGAGAAACCGGUAGCCGCACCGAUGAUAUUCAUUAUAGUCUUAGCUUUGCAGUUCCUUUCUCGCUAUUUCGAAAUCAAUAAAAAGAAAGGUUCCACAAGUUCCGAAGAUAUGCAGUUGCGGGCAGAAAUCAAACAGCUGCUAAAGGAGGCAAGUGCCUUGUCACAGCCUUCAACAUUUGCACAAGCUGCAAAACUGAGGAGGUUAGCUACUGCCAAGGAGAAGGAACUCGCUAAAAAUCAAGAAAUUCACAACAAAGAGGCGAAAUUGUCACAUGAUUCAUACACAAAAGGCCUAACUGUUUUGCAGGUCUUGACGUACUUCUUGUUGAUUAUCUGGUUUUGGCGUAUUCCUGUGGCUGCCAUAUCUAAGCAGCUCGUACAGCCUUUUGGCAAGAUGUUGUCUUGGCGAGGUGGAGGUCCUGCCAAUGAAAAUGUUAUGGUGGGGAUUAUUCCAUGGUUGAUACUGUCUACUAGAGUUGGCAAAUCUAUCAGUCGAAGAAUAUUGAAGUAGGAGGAGAAAGUAGAAGUGGACCAUUUUAUUUUUUUUAACUUUCCUUUUGAUAUCUAUUUUAUUACUGAAUAUUUGUAAAUUGAAUGUGUUAUACCUCUGUAAGGAGUACCCUUUCUUUUUCUGUAAGUAGGAACAAAUCUAAUGAGUUGGGCGUCAUUCUUGAAUGAGCGCUUCUAUACGGCUUAUUUUGGUUUUGAAAAGCAAAUGCAGUUUGUCUUCUUGAA